AUGUCCACUUUCUCCACAAGAAAAGUUUAUUUUCUUCAACCAAAUCUCCUCUACCUCCUCUUCAAUAUCUGUGUCUGUGUAACAGCAUGGCCACGUGGAGAUAACUGCCCGAGCUCUCGGUGGAACGUCAUGUGCCGUCCGUGUUGCGAGUACCACCUGAUCCAAUGUCGGUGUCCCUCCAAAGGGUCAAAGGUGGGCUACACUGUUCCCUGCUGCCGCAAUGCUCUGGAUCAGUGUGACCCCUGCAUCAUUCAUCCAGGCUGCAGUCUGUUUGAAAACUGUAAAACCUGCAACAAUGGAACAUGGAGAGCCAAUGAUGACUUCUUUGUCAAUGGAAAGUUUUGUACAGAGUGUCGCCAAGGCUGGAGUGGAGGCGACUGUAAAACAUGUGGGGGCGUCAUUCAGCGGACACAGGGUCACAUCGCCCUGGAGAGUUACCCAACAAAUGCCCGAUGUGAGUGGACAGUGCAGGUGGAGAAGGGCAGCAGCAUUGAAAUGAGGUUCACACAGCUCAGUCUGGAGUCUGACCAUAACUGUCGUUAUGACUACGUCGAGGUACGUGAUGGAGACGAUCUGAACUCUCCCGUUAUUGGACGCUUUUGUGGGGAUCGGCUGCCUCCUGCAACAGAAAUCUCUGGGAACCGAUUGCACAUCCUGUUCUCGUCGGAUGGCUACAACAACUUUGAUGGCUUUGUUCUUACUUUUCAGGAGAGAUCAGCCAUCAAAAAUCCGGUGUGUCUGCUACCUCCAGAGAGACCACUGAAUGGAUAUUUGCUGCCUGUGUAUAGCCCAAAGGAGCAGCUUGUAUCAGUAAACUACCGCUGUCAUUCACCUUUCACUCUGAUCGGCUCCCAGCAGAGGAUCUGUCUGCCCGACGGCACAUGGAGUAACACAGCUCCCUCAUGUGUAAAAGGUCAAACAAACAGAGCCCAAUGUCCCCUGCCAGCCAAACCUCUAAAUGGCUACUACAGAUCUGCUCCUGACACAGCUGCAGGUGCAGAGACUAUCGAGUUUUUCUGCAAAAAGUCCUACAUGCUCAGUGGAAACCACCAGAGUUUCUGCCACUCUAAUGGAUCCUGGAGUAGCAGGCUGCCCAAGUGUGUGAAAGUCCCUACAGCAUGUCUAGAGCCCAAAGCGUCUGAACUGGUGCGACAAACUGUUGUGAAGCCACGUCAGAUAUCAAGGUACAACAUGGACGAUCUGUUGGCAGCUGGUUUCAUUCCACUGACAUUCGAUAAACACUCAAAUGAAGAGGACGACACCUCAGCUGACCUGCCUCAUGGAUUUCACCAAGUCUACACCAGCAUUGAGUACAAGUGUGCCUCCCCUCUCUACCAUAACACAGGAAGCUCCCGACGUACCUGUCUAAAGACUGGCAGGUGGAGUGGGCGCCAUGUUUCCUGCACACCGGUUUGUGGCAAAGUCAACACUUUCAGUGCACACAACCUCACAGACACUCAGUGGCCGUGGCAUGCUGCCAUCUAUAUCCGUUCACCUCCCAAUCACAAUCCCAACACCCACGGGCCCCGUGGAAUAACCAUGUCCAUCCAGCAGGGGGCCUCAGAGGAGUCCACAUUCUGGUCCCUGGCCUGCAGCGGGGCUCUGCUCACACAGCGGAGCGUCCUGGUGGCAGCUCAGUGUGUGGUAGACAAGAACAAGCUGCAGACGCUUCACCCAGCACAUGUGAAGGUUGUCAUAGGCCUGAAGCACCAGGGGUCCUCCAACCGUUUGAAGGGCCUGCACCACCUUAGGGUUUCAGACAUUUUAGUCCAUCCAAAUUUUUACUCUGCAUCACACUCUGACGUGGCUGUGCUGAAGCUAAGAGACAAGGCCAGGAUCAGUGAGCGUGUGCUGCCAGUUUGUCUGCCCAAAGUUCAAGGAGAGGAGGUGACGGUGCAGGAGGCUUAUACAGCGAGGUGGAUCUUACCAAACGAUCACACGCACCUGACCCGCUACACUCCCAAAAGCCAGACCGAACAUGUCGAGUUGGGUGAUGUUGCUCAGUGCGAGGGAGCAUUUGUUCAAGGAGGAGCACAUACCACAACGAUCAAAGACAACAGACUUUGUGUCAUUAGGACGACAUCCAGUUCUCAAGUUUCUUGUCCCACAGUUAUUAAAGGCAUCACAGUCACUCAGGCUGAGUCUUCAACAAGAGGGGAUUCAUCAGGUCAUGAGGAGACUCUGGGAUCCUCCAUCAGAAGCUGGCAGCUUCUUGGUUUGGAGAGCUUCAGCUUUGAGGAGGGGAACUGCUACCAGCAGUCUUACAAAACUCAGACAGGAAUAGCAAACUUCCUGGACUGGAUAGAGAAAAACAUGAAGUAGAUUUUUUUCACAGAUUCAAAUGUUUAAUUUUCCCCCGACAUUUUAGUUCGUAAGUGGUCAUUUGUUUCCAGUUUUGUAAGCCCCACAGUUGGUGGGAAUGGAGAUCAGUAACUCAAUACCUGCCAGCUGUAUCAAUAUCAUGUGAUGUGAGAACUGGCACUCUACCCGUGUCUCUGUGUGUGCAUGUUAUUCUUCUGUAUUUGGGCCUCCUCCACUUUAAACAAACUCAAUGUAGCCACUUAAGAAACACACCCACACUCUUAUUAUCUUCCAGUGUAACUUCAUGUCUCUGAGUCAUUUGCUCCUCAUAAAGAAAUCAUCUGGAUGCUGUCUUAA